AUGUUGAGUGAGAUGUUGGCUGAGGAGUUGGAGUUGCUGCAAGUAUUGUAUGAGGGUAGUUUUCAAAGUUUCGUGGAGAACAACAAAUUAGUCGUACGCGUGGGUGGUCUGGAAUGCGAAGAGUGGAUCGCCUUCAUAGCUGGUAAGGAGCUGCUGGCGGAGGUCAGUCCUGAAAUUACAGUGUGCGUGAUUAUGACUAACCAGGAGGAGGCGGAGAAAGAAAAGUCGGAGACUAUGGACCAGCGGAAGGGUAAGGGAGGCAAAAACCCGGGCAAGGGUAAGGGAGGCAAAAACCCAGGCAAAAACCCAGGCAAGAAGACUCUAGACGAACAGCGGCCAGAGAGUUGGCCAGAGUGGUUGGUGGACGUGCAGAUAGACGCUCCGUGGUUGGCUCCGGAUUUGCUAAACUUGUUAUCCGUCAAAUGUGGACAGGCAGCAAUUGAGGGAAUGGAAGGCUUGACGCCGGUCACAAGUGUUAUUGAUUGCGUGGUACAGGAGUGUAGCGCACAAGCUUUAAUCGAAUACUAUAAACAGAAGAAAAGUCUCCGGCGAGAUGAACCACAGCAGCCUAAGGCUCCGGACUUGAGUCCCAUGGAUGAUGACGUCGUCGGAACCGAGAUGCGCUUGGUAAGAAUCGAACCCGGGACUUCAAGUCGGAGUUUUCGGAAACAAAUUCCCAUCCAUCAUGGCCAUGAAUUGAUCGACAGAAAAUCAAUAUUCAUGGCGCACCUUGCCCCGGUGCGCGACAAAAACGACAUCAAUGACGUGCUGAAUACACUCUCGUCGAACAAUAAGUAUGCGCGCGCAACUCAUAACAUGGUCAGCUAUCGCCUGGUGAAUUCGGAGAGCAAGAUCUGCGUCCAAGAUCAUGACUCAGAUGGGGAGGCUAAUGCGGGUUCCAAUAUGCAGUGGCUCAUGAACGUGCUCAAAGUAGAAAAUGUUGUCGUUAUAGUCUCCAGAUGGUAUGGAGGCAUUCACCUUGGACCAGAUCGAUUCAAGCACAUCUAUGCGUUGACACGAGCGAUCCUCGACGAGCACGGCUACAUAAAUUCAGGGCAUUAA